AUGUCACGCUACGCUGUCGCCCACGCCAAGCCGAACGGCCCUGGAGACGCACGCCCCACGGCCUUACAGAUCAUCAAGGACGAGGGCGUCGAGGGCAAGCUCCAGGGCGAGGCCAUUGUCAUUACCGGCACCUCUUCCGGUAUCGGUGUCGAAACUGCUCGCGCCCUAGCCGCCACUGGUGCCACCCUCUAUCUCACAGCCCGAGACGUCGCCAAGGCCCAGUCCGCCCUCGUCGGUAUAUUUGAACCUUCCCGUAUGGAGUUAAUCCAAAUGGACCAAGCAUCCCUUGCCUCUGUCCGUGCUGCCGCCGCCGCUAUCCUCGCCAAGACCUCUAAGAUUCACCUCCUCUUCGGCACGAAUCACCUCUCGCAUUUCCUCUUCUUUAAGCUCCUAGAGCCCGCUCUCCUCGCCGCCGCCUCCCCUGGCCUACCCUCCCGUGUCGUCACUCUCUCUUCCUCCGCCCAUAACAUCCACGGUAUCAACAACGCCGAUAACUAUGACUUCCAGAAAGGUGGCUAUGACCCCAGCGUGGCCUACGGCCAGUCUAAGACGGCCAAUAUCUACAUGGCCAACGAGAUCAAGCGCCGCUACGGCCCGCACCACCUACAUGCCACGAGCAUCCACCCGGGCAUUAUCCAGACGGGGCUAACCCAGCACAUGCCCCCGGAUGCUUUCAAGGGGAUAGAGUUCUUAUACCCCACCAUUAAGAGCGUUGAGCAGGGUGCCGCAACAUCGGUGUGGGCGGCCGUCGGUAAGGCAUGGGAACAUAAGGGCGGCAAGUACCUCGUCAACUGCGCUGUGGCAGAGCCGUAUGCGGAAGGGGAUGAUAAGUUUUCUGCGCCCGGGUAUGCCCCGUACGCCUAUGACGUGGAAGAAGCGAAGAGGCUAUGGAGCGACUCGCUUAAGCUUGUGGGAUUGCCGGACGAGGAGUAG